AUGGAUAUCUGGUUCCUCAUCCUCAUCACCCUCUCCGUCGCCGCACUCCUCAGAGUAGGGGUGUCAACGUUUCUAUCAUCUCAGAAGAAGAGCCUCCCGCCGGGCCCCCUCACCUUCCCGAUCGUCGGCAACUUCCUAUGGCUCCGCAAGUCCUUCUUGGAGCUCGAGCCCAUCCUCCGCUCCCUCCACGCCUGCUACGGCCCGAUGGUCACCCUCCACGUGGGCUCCCAACCCUCCGUCUUCGUUGCCUCCCCAGCCCUUGCCCACGAGGCCCUCGUCCACCGUGGCGCUGCCUUCGCCGGCCGCCCGCCACCCCUUGCCGUUGACCACGUCCUCUCAACCAACCAACACGACAUCACCUCCUCCUAUGGCCCCACUUGGCGCCUCCUCCGCCGGAAUUUCACGGCUGAAAUUCUCCAUCCCUCCCGUGUGCGCUCCUACUCCCGCGCCCGUGCAUGGGUUCUCGACAUCCUCAUGGCAGAGCUCAAGUCCCAACCCGGUGGCGUUGUCCGCAUUGUCAAUCACUUCCAGUACACCAUGUUCUGCUUGCUCCUAAUGUGCUUCGGGGACAGGCUCGAGGAGAAACAGAUUAAGCAGAUUGAGGAUGUCCAGCGACGGUUGCUGUUGGGUCUGCGGCGGUUCAAUGUGCUCAAUCUCUCGCCGAGGGUGGGCAAGCUGGUGCUCCGGAAGCGGUGGAAGGAGUUGUACGAGCUCCGCGAUUACCGAAAUCACGUCCUUGUCCCGUUCAUCAGAGCUCGAUCCAAGGCUAAGAUAGAGCAACUGAACAAAGCAAAGGAGGACGGGAAUGACGGUGACUCGAUCGUUUCAUACGUGGACACGCUCCUAGACUUGGAGCUGCCGGAGGAAAAGAGGAAGCUGGAGGAGGAUGAAAUGGUGUGCCUCUGCUCGGAGUUCCUCGACGCCGGUACUGAUACUACGUCCACGGCGCUGCAGUGGAUCAUGGCCAACCUGGUCAAGUACCUAGAAAUCCAAGAGAGGCUCUACGAUGAAAUCAAAUCAGUCGUGGGACAAGGAGCGGAGCAAGUGAAGGAGGAGGACCUGCCAAGGAUGGGCUACCUGAAGGCGGUGGUACUCGGAGGGCUCCGUCGCCACCCACCAGGUCACUUCGUGCUGCCGCACGCGGUGACGGAGGACACGGAGCUGGGCGGAUACGUGAUCCCUAAGGACGGGACCAUCAACUUCAAUGUGGCGGAGAUGGGUCGGGACCCGGAGGUCUGGGAGGACCCAAUGGCCUUCAAGCCCGAGAGAUUCUUGAAUUACGGUGGUGGAGAAGCGGGCGGUUUCGAUAUCACGGGGAGCAGGGAGAUAAAGAUGAUGCCGUUUGGGGUAGGGAGGAGGAUGUGUCCCGCGUACGGGCUUGCGAUGCUACACCUGGAGUACUUCGUAGCGAACUUGGUGUGGCUAUUCCAAUGGCAGACGGUGGCCGACGAGGAGGUGGACCUGUCAGAGAAGGUGGAGUUCACCGUCGUGAUGAAGAACCCUUUGAAGGCUCAGAUUUGUCCUAGGAAUUUGAGCACCUGA